AUGUCUACAUACAAAUCGCCUAGUGACAAUGCCCGAAAGGUGUGGAACCAUGAGUUCACCUGGACGGAUAAACAUUUCACGCCCGAAGAGCUGCUACCGUUGAGACAGCAGACCGAUGACCUGGCCGUUGAUGCUAUCUGGGAAGAAGUGAACGCGGUCCCUGAAUGGGUUGAUUGGACACAGAUCGAGCGAGGACAAGAGUUCCUCCACCGCUACUUGAUCCCCAAUCUAACCGGACUUGCUCUUCAGGGAUUUCUAGGAGGCACUGCAGUGAGGAACUCCCCCCGGUUGCAUAUUGGUGUACGGGAUAUUGCUAACUUUAAAAAGACAAUUGCAGGUGGAACAGAAGUCCUCGUCAGAACAGGAGGUUUUUCUAUUCGAGUCCUACCUAGACGAUUCCUCGAAACCUUCUUUUGGCUACUGCAAAUAACAAUGGAUCUGAAAUCUAUUCAACCAGGUGGAGAGGGACACACUUCGACCGUGCGUGUUCGUCUGUUGCACGCUACGGUUCGGAAUCGCCUCCUAAAGCUCAUGGACCAAGACCCGGCAUACUUUGAUGAAGCCAAGUACGGCGCAGCUGUCAAUAUGAGAGACGCAAUCCAUGCAACAGCUAUCUUCUGCUGCAUGCCACUUUUCCGUCAACUCCCUAAGAUCGGUAUACAGCCUCGUCCACAGGAGACGGAGGAUUUCCUAGCCAUGUUCCGAUACAUCGCUUAUGUUAUGGGGACUCCGGAUAGCUUCUUCAACGGCACUGAGCAAUCAAAGGCUACUAUGGAGAGUAUCAUGAUGUGUGAGCCUGAGCCAACAGAGUCCUCCAAGUCCAUUGGAGCGAAUUUUGUCGCUGCUGUACAGGAUUAUCCAGGGAUCAAUGUUUCCAAGCCAAUGAUUGAGGUUGGUUGUCGUGUAUUAAGCGGCGACGAGUUGGGGGAUAAGAUGGGCUUCUCCAGGCCUGGGAUUUUCUAUAGGGCCUCGUUUAGAGGCUGGUGUCAACUUCUUGUGCUUAUUACAACUCUUCAGCGACUGUCCCCAGCCUUUGAUCGGAUACUUAUGAAGAGAUCAAAACAUUUUGUCCUUGUUAACGUGUUUGGGGCAUCAAUUUUGAAAGAAGGGAACAAAUUCGAGUUCACUCACCAGCCACAGCUGAACAAAUUCACCAAGAGAGAGAUUAAGACAGAAAUCAACCUAUCCCGGUUCCGGCCUGUGGAAACCAUCGGAUUUUUUGUCUUCUUGUUUGAAUGCCUUGUUUAUAUCCUGGCCUUUAGCAUGUUGGCAAAUGUUCUCCGUGCAAAUGGCAUGGUCUCUCAGGCUCUGCUAAAUGUCCUUGGAUGA